AUGCUCCUGGUGACCAUCGGCAUUUUCGAAGUUGGCAGCCUGCUCUGUGCUGUUUCUCCGAACGUGAAUGUCUUGAUAUUCGGAAGAGUGUUUGCUGGUGUUGGCGCCUCUGGUCUCAUGGUCUCAAUGAUGUACAUUAUAGCCAAGGUUACAAGCAUUCGGCAAAGACCGUCAGUCAUGAGCGUCUUCGGAUGUGUCUACGCAAUUGCCUCGAUCGAUGGGCCGCUUCUCGGCGGAGUUUUCUCAGUUAGAUCAGGUCCUGCGGUUGGUCUCGCACGAGUCACAGAGUGCGGAGCAGAAGCAGGGGCCCACUUUAGCUCGACCGAAUACACACCAUCGGGGGAGCGGUCUUUUCCACCCAGCUGA